AUGGAAAAGACAUGUCAUACCAUGGAGGAAUGUCUUCGUCGUGCAAGCUUAAUACAUAUUGUAUUCUCUUGGACUCUUGACGAUCUUCUCAACGAAAAUCUUUUCACAUACCAGGUACCGAAGAUUCCAAAAACUUUCUCUUCAGCAAAUGAUUACAUGAACUCAUUCUUUCCUGCAUUGAUUGAGGAAACACAUAGUGAUCUAUAUUCAAGCUUGUUGAGUGUUCCUCAAGCUUAUUUUUGCGAAAUUAGGACAAUGAAAACAUCGGAGAAAUUCAAUCCUCCGCACGAGUUGCUCUAUAAAAUUACAUUGAAGAACAUUGCUGAUGAAGUGUACAACGUAGGAAAAUAUGAACCCGAGGUUGGUGAUCUCGUUGCAUUCACAAAUAUUCAACCUAAAAGUGCUGAUGACUUGAUGAGGAUCAACAUAUCUAAAGGCAAAGAGCAGUGUAAUCCUGAUCAUAGUUUGAAGAAUGUGAUUGAAGCUGCUGCUAUCUCUGAGAUUGUUGGAAUACUUAAAAGGGGUUAG